AGUUUGUCAGGGAAAAAUGAACCGCCAGUCAAAACUUCAGUGUGAUUUGGAAGGAAAGAGAGAAAAAUGUGAAGUGCGUAGAAAUUUUGCAAAAAAGGGCUGGAAAAGUUGAUUGUGCGAUUGGUUGUGGUGUGAAAAAUGGAAGGAGAUAAGUUCCUGAUGGCCGCUGGCGUGACGGCUGCCGUUGUUGUGGGGGCAUUUGUAUUUUGGGGCCCAUCAGGAGCAUCACGCCUGCGCCAGCGUCGAGGUCAAAUUGCCGGCCUCCACAAUUUUGGUCGGACAUGCUUCCUCAAUGCCCUGCUUCAGGCUCUUUCCGCCUGCCCUCAGUUCAUCGGCUGGCUGCAGCUCUCCAGUGCAAAUGACAAGAAGAGCCUCGUCUCGAGCCUCCUCAGCACCCUGGAGGUCAUCAAUGGGACUCAUCCCUCCCUGCGGGGUGAUCCCCAUUCCCCAGGCUCCGUCAUCCGGGCACUGACUGCCCUUGGAUGGGUAAUCCCACCGGAUGAGCAUGAUGUGCAUGAGCUGCUGCACGUGAUGCUGACAUCGCUGGAGGAGGAAUUGGUGAAACCAAAGAAAGUUGGCUGCCUGUCGGACGCGCUGGGGCAGCAACUGCACGUGGAUAUCCCACAGGCGCGCCCCUCGAGUGCCAUGCUGUCUGACUUUGACAAUCCCGAAUACAAUGAGAUGGCAAAUCUCAUGCGUGCCGUUCGCUCGGAAGCCCACACUCCGGACUCCCCGCAUUCCACGUGCACGGAUAUGGAUGAUUCCGCCGACACAUCGCUCCUGGAUGAGCAGCUGGCCUCCCCAUCGAUGGGCUACCACCGUAUGGUGCGCCCCACGAAUGAGGGUGCCUUCGGGGGGAGCCUCAGUAAGCGCAUCUCCAUGUCCUAUCGCUCUCUGGAUCGUCUCAAUCGUGGUCCCGGACGUGUGUCCGUCUGGAGUGAUCGUACCGGCAUUCAGGUGCCCCAUCCCUUCCGGGGGGCGCUAAGUAGUCAAAUGGCCUGCUCCGGAUGUGGUUUCAAGUCCGUCGUGCGCUAUGAUAAAUUCGACAGUGUCUCCCUGCCAUUGCCUGAACAUCGCAAUCCAGGGCUCAGUUUGGGGCAUCUCCUGUCGGAAUUCAUUGCCCCGGAGACCUUGACGGACGUCACGUGCGAGUCGUGCAACGAAACAACAGUUCACACGAAAACACUGACCUUUGCCAAACUUCCGGCAUGCCUGUGUGUUCAUAUUUCCCGCUGUACGUGGCUCCAGAUGGGUGGGCAGGUGGCAAAGCGGCAGGAUUACGUGCAUUUCCCGGAGAGUCUCUCAAUGGCCCCCUACAGCUUCGUACAGCCGGGUUUGAGUAGUCAAAUGAGCACCCCGUGGGGUUCAACGCUGUCCCUCCUCUCGAGCAGCUUCCCCACGCCCGGGGGUGGUGGUGGUUGUGACACCCCAACAGCCUCAACGCCCUACAACUUCGGCUCAAUGUUCCCGCGCAAUCUCUACCGCCUCCUGGCUGUUAUUGUGCACUCCGGGGAGGCAAGUAGUGGGCAUUUCGUCACAUACCGCCGUGGAGCCCUCCGGAAUGCCCACAAAUGGUACUUCACGUCCGACACCGUUGUCCGGGAGGUUUCCAUCGAUGAAGUAUUGAGCGUCCCGGCGUACCUCCUCUUCUACGAUCGUGGACCCCAAAAGGGGGGCCACUAAAGAGAGAUCUCACCCAAAUUUUGGGCAAUUUUUUUCUAGACUUGUCACAACACCAAAAAAAUCAUUUUAGGGGCGCUCCCGGACAUUUCCCUCCCUGUGAUCUUGCUUCCGGACAAACUGGGCAAUAUAGGGAGCACCAUGUAGAAUUCCACAGAAGAUUAAAAGCAUUUUAGAGAUGGCAUUCAGAGCAUCAUUCAAAUAAAUAAAUUAAUGUAAAAAACUCUUCUCAGUCAGUGUGUCAUUUGUGUAGGCAUUUCAUUGCAGAAGAAGCAAAAUAAAAGUUUUUUUUUAAAGAGUCAGCAAUUUAUUCCUUUAGCUGCGGAGAAUUUGCAUUUAUUGGUCAUUAAUUAAAAAAAAAUGUGGAACAGAAUAAAUUCAAUAUUUAGUAGAAUAUUAAACUAAAUUCCCUCAAAAAUUGUGAAGAUUUCUUCUCAAAAUUAUUUUGGUAAAUAAAAUUGCAAAAAUAAAUUUAUUAAUUAGCUUAUUAAAAA